GUCUGGUCGCCUUGUGCCUCGCCGCCUGUCGACUCGACUGUCGGUCGUAAUCGUUUCUCGUUUGCACAUUGCGAGUGCAGGGAGUUGUGUGAUGGUGCGUUUUACCGGCUUAUCUCGUGGAAAUUCAAAUCGCAAUUCGCUCGCAUCAUUAAUAUUACAGUAGUCGACAAAGGUCUAUUCCAUUGUUCGUGAUCUUAUUUGAAAGGUUUUGCUUAUCGUUUUCAUUUUACGAGCACUCUGUAUACAGCCGUUCGAUUCGAAUUCGAUAUAAAUCAGUUUCAUACUCAUGCGAUGAGUAAUACUCGUUGUUGGCCGAUAAACGGUAGUGACCAUCGUCGUGACAUUUUUUCAUCCGAGGUAUUCGAAAUCGAUGUGGUGUCGUUAUUUGUCGUAAUUCGAUGACUUAUACUGGUAUACCUAUUACCUACUUGAUAUUGUUGUGAAGUUUCGGUAGUGUUACGUUACGUUAUUAUUUGUUGUGCCAAAUUCUGCGGAUUCAGCUACCCAUACCAUACCAGGAUUUGCAAGAAUUUGGAUUUGGAUUAUACCUAAAAGAGCAUUUCGAAGAUGAGCAGCGGAAGCCCGGGUAUCGCCUCGAGUCCAGCUAUGAGACGUGGACGAUGUCGUAGUCCGGCCGUCCAUUCGAAGCUGUCAACUUCGGUAACACCGGGUACCCGAUGUCUGGUGUUUUUACGAAGAUGUCUGGCCAUCCAGCUUCAAAAAGUUGGUCUCUUUCCAAAUUCUACCUCGUCUUCUGUAUCUGUAUCCUGCGCAAGCAGCUGUGAAAAUCAUCCAGAACGUGAUGUUCCUUUGUACUGGAUGUACGAUAGCGGUUACCUAAUAUUUCAGGGCUUUUUGGAGGCGAAUUUAAAAUGUUUCUGGAACGGAGCCCUUAUCGAAGCGAUGAAAGUUUUAGAAUUUCAAGGAUACAUUUCGCCUGGAGUGUUACUUGUGAGCGGAACUGCAUGCGCUUUGGAAGUCGUUCGAGCUGCAUGGGCGAGAAAUGUGCUGAAGCCGCCGAAUAAUUAUGUUAUUACCGUCGUUGGCGAUGUUGAAGAUUGUCUAGUUGAACCAAUCAGCCAAGGACAAUUUACCCCUUUACCAGAAGCUCUAUGCUGGAUCAUCUUAGACAUGACGGCAUCUGGACAAGCUGCUGUUAUGGAGUCAAUUUGCUCGACGCUUCAAGUAGCCUUUCCUGAUAUACAAAAACCAUCGAAACAAGUCGUCUACGAUACUUUGGCUAAGUUAACAGCCGAGAAAAAGCUUUACCAAACAUCAAACGGCUACUUCGUCAUGACUCCAGAUAAGCUACGUUUAAGCGGCCUUACCAGCGGAGUAUCCGGCGGCAAAAAAGACUACCAUGUCGAUACGUAUUCUCAAAAACAAUUGCUGUUAACCCCCGAAGAAGCAGUUGUCAAAAUGCACGGCGAAAUAGAAACCGUACGAGAUGGAAACGUAACGCAUCAAGCCAUCCAGACGAAUUUAGCAGACGUGAUUUGCGGCGGAAAUCCAAACGAUAAAAUUUUAUAUCCACGAGUCUCUUCUAAGAUGCGAUCAGGGUAUUCGGCUGAACGACUUGAGAGGAGACAUUCGUUGAGGUUUUUCGGACACGGUAGAAGGAGGUCGCAAUCGCUACAAAGAACCGGAUCCUUCAAACAUAUAGAUAAAAGUGACAGAUUGCAGAAUUGCACUGCUAAAGAAUCGCCGGCUACUUCCGAAGAUAUGACCAGAAAGCACACGUCGCUGUUUUCGCGAUUAUUCAGACGUAGUGGUAGAAUGCGUAGAGACGAUUCGCCUUCUCCUAUCAGCAGACCUACCUUUUCGGCACAGUUCCCGCCGGCCGAAUGGUUCAAUCGGGGAGUCACACAUUUGCAUUCAGUUGGAACCCAGACUACAUAUUUGGCACCCAGCACAGACACGUUACCAAAGAGAUCCUUCAACGAAUACGAUUUCGACGAAGACCUCUCACUGAACCAGGACAUACUACACAAACGGCAUUUAUCGGCGUUCGGCACACCUCGUAUGAUCCGUCGUACAUCGCACAGCGCCACCCUACCUCGUCGAUCGUUGGCCAAAAAGUCAUCCUUGUACAACGUAUCCUCAGAUAAAGAGGCCAGCGCCAGCGCCAGCGCUAGCAUCUCGAGAAUCUCCUCACAAACGUCCGUCGUACCUAAUCCGUCGAUGAACGGCGAUACUUGCGAUACACCUCGUACCAGUUCGCAUUCGUCAAUCGCUUCUUCGGCCAAGACUGUAAUUAAUAAUAAAGAAAAUCAUAAAAGCUGCGCAUCGCCUACUCACAAAUCGCUAUCCAGCGCUUCGUCCGGCUACAAUUCGUUACCACGAAGCGAUUACGGUAGCGUUAGGAAUUCUCGGCUGAAUCGUAGCUCUAGUAAAAAGAAUCAGCAGGGUAAGAAUAAGGCAUCGUCGACUACAACAGCUGCUGAGUCGGCUUCCUCCAAAGUACCGGAGAGCUCUAUAACUUUUCACGUUUCGGCCAAAAGUAGCACUCAAGGGAUAUCGGAUUCGUCGACAGGUUCGACCGGCAACGAAACGAACGCUACGACGAUGACGACUACCAUAAAUAGUGGAAAUAAGACGAAAAUAUUCCUACAGCAGCAUAAUACACCUACACGUUCGUUAAUUACGUUCGAGAAUAGUACGCUGGAUAAACGUAAUUCGGAAAAAGACGCUGGUCACGAUAUUAUCAUCGUGAAUCAACCUUCUUACAACAAUAAUAACGAACAGUCUUACGAUGGGAAGUUACUGAAACCUGCCAGACCAACAUCUUUGUACGCCGAACAGCAAAAUAAUUUAUUAAAAUCAAACAAACAAGCAUCCAGGAUACUGGAAACUCAACUCAGAAUGAAAUACCCAUCAACCGAGACCAUUCAGCUGGAGGAAAAGUCACUAGAAACCAUCAGCAAAGAUAAACGCGUGAAUAACGAAAAGUGCAACGUUUUGCACGAUUUAGACUCGUGUAAAGUUCAAUCGACCAAGAACUUGUACGGUUUCGGCAGCGAGACCGAACUGAAUAAUGCUAAAAACACUUUGUUAUCGCAGAACUCAAACGUAGUAUCGUUGGAUAAAAUAAAUAAUCUUAAAAAUAAUAAUUUGCUCAACGACGACGAUAUCAAAAGCAAAUACCAUCGAGAUACCAUCAACAGCGAACCUGCUAGUCCGGUCAAUUGCGAAUUUCGUAGUAAACGUAAAUUCGUCGGCAACGAUUUAACCAAUAAGAAUUCCAACAACGAAAUCAGAUUAGAAAAGGAUUUGGAUAGUUUGAAUUUGGAAGACUCGAAGAUCCGACAUUUCGCUGAUUUCCCUAGCUUAUCUGAUUUAUCGCUUAGGUUUACUUCGAUAGCUGCGCAGAAUAUACUCAAAGGGGUUAGUUUUAAUUCGGUUGAUACUUUGGUCGAGGUGAAUAUGGCGGCUGAGAAAAAACGUAAUUGCGAUUUGAGCAUUAGUACUGAUCUAGGAAUGGUGUAAAAUUGUACCAGUCGUUAGAGGUAUUUUCAUAUCUAUCAUCAUCUUUUUUAUGGGGUAUUUUUUUUUACAAAUCUGAAAUACCUAGGUACCUAUAGUACUAAUGCCAAUUGUAGUCUAUGUGUUCUCCGUCCAUUCUCCCACCAAGUACAAGUUUUAAAAUCUUUACUCGAUAAGUUCUGUAUAAUUGUAAUAUUUACUCGUUUAUAUAUUAUUAUUAAUCAACGAAAAACGUAGCCAUGUAACGAUAAUUUUUUUUUCUAUUUAAGUGUUCUCGAGAAGCCAUAUUUGUAUUUUAGAAAAAUCAAAAAUUAAAAUCAAAUUUAUAAUUGUUUUUCUAGUGCACAUAAAAAAACAACGUUUCAUUUGUACGUAUAAUUUUAAUGUAAUUAAAUUCUGAAUUUAU